GUUAGCUUGUCAGCUAGCCACCAACGUCUGAAAUGGCGUCGGUAACGACGACAGAACCAGCGAUAUGCCCGGCUGCAAUACCAGCCGCAGCAGAGUCCAUAGUGCCCGCUUGUAUGUUUGCACCUGACCGGGGAUGUGCUGACGAUCCAACCGGCGUAGAGGGCUUUGAAGACGGCGAGGCUACAAACGGCGAGUCCGCGGAGCAUUUAGACUUAAGCAGUAAGCUGGUCCUAGUGAGUCCAACAGGGGAACAGUAUGAUUCAUUACUACGACGUUUGAGGGAGCAGAUAGAUGAGGGCUGUGGAGAGACAAUCUAUGUGGUUGGAAUGGGCUCAGAUGGAGGGGACUAUGGCCUGGAUGAGAAGGACAUGGAGGCAUCGGUAGCCACGGUGCGGUCGCUGUGUGAACAGAUUGAGGCUGACCUAAUCCUGCUAAGGGAGAGGACAGACACUGGCGGAAAAAUUCGGGACUACCUCAUCAGACGGCGGGUGGGAGAACAGGAUUUCCUGGAAGUUAGAGUGGCUGUUGUAGGGAAUGUGGAUGCUGGGAAGAGCACCUUGUUGGGGGUUUUGACCCAUGGUGAGCUGGACAAUGGCAGAGGCUUCGCUCGCCAGAAGCUCUUCAGACACAAACAUGAAAUGGAGAGCGGCAGAACCAGCAGUGUGGGCAAUGAUAUCCUCGGCUUCGAUCAGGAGGGACAGGUGGUGAACAAGCCAGACAGCCACGGUGGCGGCCUGGACUGGACCAAGAUCUGUGAGAAAUCCUCAAAGGUCAUCACCUUCAUUGACCUGGCCGGCCACGAGAAGUACCUCAAGACCACCGUCUUCGGCAUGACCGGACACCUGCCUGAUUUCUGCAUGCUCAUGGUCGGCAGCAACGCUGGCAUCGUUGGCAUGACCAAAGAGCACCUGGGCCUGGCACUGGCUUUAAAUGUACCAGUGUUUGUAGUGGUUACUAAGAUAGACAUGUGUCCAGCCAACAUCCUGCAAGAGACACUAAAAUUAUUACAGAGGUUAUUAAAGUCACCGGGCUGCAGGAAAAUCCCAGUGUUGGUCCAGAACAAGGAUGAUGUCAUCGUCACAGCCUCCAACUUCAGCUCAGAGAGGAUGUGUCCAAUUUUCCAGAUCUCAAAUGUGACGGGGGAGAACAUGGACCUGUUGAAGAUGUUCUUGAACCUCCUGUCUUCUCGGACCACCUUUAGCAACGAUGAGCCUGCAGAGUUCCAGAUAGAUGACACGUACUCAGUACCGGGUGUGGGCACAGUAGUUUCAGGGACUACGUUACGCGGAUUGAUACGGCUCAACGACACGCUGCUCUUAGGCCCGGACCCGCUUGGCACCUUUAUCCCCAUUGCUGUAAAAUCCAUCCACCGUAAAAGGAUGCCUGUCAGAGAGGUUCGCGGUGGACAGACGGCAUCUUUUGCCCUCAAAAAGAUCAAACGUUCAUCUAUAAGGAAAGGAAUGGUGAUGGUUUCCCCAAAGCUGAUGCCACAGGCCACCUGGGAGUUUGAGGCUGAGAUUUUGGUGCUUCAUCACCCAACUACGAUAUCCCCGAGAUACCAGGCCAUGGUCCACUGUGGCAGCAUCAGGCAGACAGCCACCAUCCUGACAAUGAACAAAGACUGUCUGAGGACAGGGGACAAGGCCUCAGUUCACUUCCGCUUCAUUAAGACCCCCGAGUACCUGCACUGUGACCAGAAGCUGGUGUUCAGGGAAGGACGCACCAAAGCUGUGGGCACCAUCACCAAGCUUCUCCAUUCAGUGAACACUCAGGCAGCUAAGGCCCAGCAGUCCAAGACACAGGCCAAUAAGAAGACUUCUAAAGACGGCACAGCAGCCAAUGAGGAGGCUGGAUCAACAGCACGACCGCCCAGUCCUAACACAGCGCAGCUACCAACAGUGGCAGAGGAGGAGGAAGCUCUAUGUAAAGAUGGCAACAAAGAAAACAAGCUCAAGUCAGGAGGCGGAGGGCGCAGGAGAGGGGGUCAGAGACAUCGAGGGAAAGGCCUGAACGCCGCAACAAUCUCUACAGCGUUGCCUGCGGGAGCAGCGGGCACAGCGUAAAAGCACAACCUUUCAUUUCUCCUCGGCCCUUGUCAUCUCUUUACAGGGAGGAAAAGUGACUGCAUGGCCCUCUGAUGGUUGUGUGUACAGACUGACUGCACAUGUUUCUUUAAUAUAAAAUGAUUAUUCAGCAAUUUUGAAUCAUAAGAGUGAAUUAUUUUCCAGAUUAAGUCAAUUUAAAGCUUUAUUGGAUUAUGUACCCACAGGCUGCUGAGGAUGGUAUUGAGUUUUUUUUUUUUCUUUUUUUUAGUUUGAGUUUUAUUGCAGGUAACUGCAAUUUGUAGGUGACAUUAUAAAAUUUUCUAAUACGGAAGUUUUGGGGGUGUUUUUCUCAGCCAGCAGAGGCAUCAGUCACUUUCCCUGCCCUGACGUUUUCCAAACUUCAAUCUACUUUUUUUUUUUUCUUGCCACCCCUCUUCUCUUCCUCAUUCUGCAUCCUCCUGUGUUCAACUCUACCUAACGUUCAUUCAUGCACACUAGGGCCUGAGUCCACAUACAGUCACAUCAGUCAUUUGAGGAGGUAGAUUGUGUUCACCAGCUGAAAAACAGCAAUUUUCUUUUUAAAAAGUUCCUUGUCAUUGAGACUGGCAGUUUGAAUUCACAUUGGGAAUUGAUUGAAAUGAAAGGGAACCGAUGCCAAACUUGAAGGGGUUACAAGUGUCUCACAUCAGCUAAAUGAUGGAUCAGACGUAGCUGAUAUGCUAAUUUACCCUACUGCCGCUCUGGGUGGUAGCUAAGGUUGUUCUUGGGAAAUCCCCUGCUGAGGGUCUUUUUGACUUUGUAACAGCGAUGACGUUGGAUAAAAUUUUGUGGCCAGUUAACAGAAAAGUUCUUUUCUGUCCCUGGGGUUGGAGCCACUAAUGCACUAUCAUCACCUGCCAUGAAGCAUCUCCUCGCAGAUGAAGAGAAAACUGUCUCUCAUCCAUUUGAUAAUCCUGCUAUAGAAAGGUGAUUUUAUACAUUUUAUAUUAAACCCUUUUUCUAACCCUUUUACUAGAUCCAUGCAGAUCUCAUGCUGCCAAUAGAAAAAGAGGCUGAAUUGUCCUUCCUAUUUUCUCAAGUACAGUCUCGCGUCAAAGUGGCUUUGUCGUGUGGUAACAUGGUGUAAGUCCUUGGGAAAUCACCUCCUUCGUUUGCUGGGAAAUAACACUCAGUUCCUAGUUUAUAAUGUACAGCUAGCUAAAACUAAAGCAGUCUAAUACAACAGUGCUGCAAUAAGUCCUUCUUUCAGGAAGGUUGCAAUGUUCAGUUUCUGUUGAAAUUCUUUUACAGAGGUGUUGACUCAACUGUAUGGUCUUUAUGGAGGCUGUAGUUUGAAGUGCUGCUGAAUAGUAUGAUGUUUUAUUGACAGGUGUUUAUAUAAUUUUGUCCACCCCAUUUAUAUCAAUGAGAGUGACAGAAAAACCUCUCUGUAUAACGCAAUUCUGCUCAACAGCGCCACAAGUUACAACCUCCAAAAUGAUCAUACGGCUGAAUCAUCACCUCUCAAAGACGGUUUCAACACAAACUGAACAUUAUAACCUUCACGAAGGGAGGAUUUACUGCAGGAUUGUUGCUGCAUUGGUUUUAGCUGGGUGUUCCUAAUAAACUGGCAACUGAGUGUAUUUUCAGCCAAGCCGGCACAAGCACAACUUUCUUCCACUUUGAUGCAGGCUGACCGAAAAUCCAUAAGCGGAUGCUCUCGUGCACAAAAAAUGAGUCAUCCAGUAUUUUCUUUACUUCAAUACAAAGGUCAAGUAAGAACAACGCACACAAAAAAAAGAUUCUACCGUGACUUGAAUCUGAACAUUAUGUCUGUGUACUCCAUAUGAAUGAGUGGCUUGCAAUUCAUAUUCUAAACUUCUGGGGGUCAAACACAAAUAUGUGUCAGACACAGGAAGUCAGUUUGUUUCAUGUGAUAAGACCUAAAAUCAUUUUUGGCACAUAGUGUUUUGGCAUCUCUGUAUGAUUCAGUAUUGACUCUAUAGUAGUCAUCCAGAUAAACCAUGAGACAGGGACUGUAUGGUGUUUUUGUUGAGGGUGUUAACAGCAGCCAACAGUGCACAAGUUAAAAAUGCAAGUUGUCUCAAAUUGUGCCUAAUAAGCUAACAUCGCUAACCACUCAUCAGACUGAACUAAACACUGAGUCGCGAUUUUUGGCCGCUUACAGCUGCUUUCCACUGGUCAAGUAUCCUCUUCCCACUUUAGAGUUUUAUAUCGGGAAGGUUACUAAAAGUGUUAUUGGUUGCUACAGUUUAAGGGGCUUUUUUCUUGUUCAGGGGCUUUUCACUCUCCCCUUUCAUAUACAUACUAUGAUUUCAUCCUGGGCAGUCUGGUCUGAGAGUCUUUGGGAGCUCUUUAAUUACCCAUUUUCUGAUGAUCACCACCUCACUGAACUGCCUGAAUAUUUCCCCUUUUUACCUUUGGACCCUCUUUCUUACUGAUAGUGCAUGGAUUUAUUUUUGAAGGGACACAUUUUGUGUGUAUGUAUGUACAGAAAUACAAUUUGUGCAGAAGAACUAAGGAUAAACAAGAUGCCAUUUAAAUUAAGUGGUGCCAGUUUGUGUUGUAAAUCCUUUUAAAAUAAAGAUGUUAUAGAAAAC